UUUCACGUCAUCUAGAAUUCAUCCACAAGACCGCCGGCACGCGCAGCGGAAUUACCAUUUACAGCCACGCAAAAUCCCCGUGCCGACACAUGUUUGACAACUGUAAAGAUGCCUUCCUUCAAUUCUUGUGCCUUCCCCCCAUCCCCUCCUGAUUUCCUCCACGCCGAAGACAUCAAUGCCCCUAAAUUUCCGCGUUCCCUCUCUUACUUCCUUAGACUCGUUUUCUCCACCCCACAGACCAAAAUUCUCACUCUUUUUCCAUUUUCAGGUCCAUCCCAGAUCUAGAAGAUCCAAUUCUUCCAAGAAGGAGUGAAAAUCUUGGAAAAACGGUAAUGUCUACAUUGGUGGCAGAAACGAAUUUCAAGAAUGAAGAGGUAAAGAAAUCUUUGAGCCCUACUAAGGCUGGACUUGAUUCGCUUCCCAAGAGUUUGGUUAACGGCAAUGCUAACAAGGACAAUGCUGAUAAGCCCCCCAAAUUGAAGAUCUUUAUUGGGUAUGAUCCCCGUGAGGACAUCGCUUACGAGGUUUGCCGUUAUUCAUUGCUGAAAAGAUCUUCUAUCCCGGUUGAGAUUACCCCAAUUAAACAAUCUGAAUUGAGGGGAAAGGGUCUUUAUUGGCGUGAAAGAGGGAAGCUAGAGAGCACUGAAUUUUCGUUUUCGCGGUUUUUGACUCCCCAUUUAGCUGAUUAUGAAGGUUGGGCCAUGUUUGUUGAUUGUGAUUUUCUGUACCUUGGUGAUAUAAAGGAAUUAACCGAUUUGAUUGAUGAUAAAUUUGCUAUAAUGUGUGUACAACAUGAUUAUGCCCCUAAAGAAACAACCAAAAUGGAUGGGGCUGUGCAGACGGUUUAUCCGAGGAAGAAUUGGUCUUCCAUGGUUUUGUACAAUUGUAGUCACCCUAAAAAUAGGAUCUUGACUCCUGAGGUGGUGAACACAGAAUCAGGGGCAUUUUUGCAUAGGUUUCAGUGGUUGGAGGAUGAUGAGAUUGGGGAGAUUCCGUUCGUGUGGAAUUUUCUUGUGGGGCAUAACAGGGUUGUUGAGGGCGAUUCAAGCACAUUCCCUAAGGCAAUACAUUAUACAUUAGGAGGCCCAUGGUUCGAGGCAUGGAAGGAUUGUGAGUUUGGAGACUUGUGGUUGAAGGAGCUUGAGGAGUAUAAGAAGGCGAAAGAGAAGAAGGACCGCACUUUGUUGGCACAUCAUCGCUUUCGUGGUUGCUCCUGGAUCAAAUAGGAUGCAGAGUUUGUGUUUAGACUAGUAUGUUUUCUCAUCCGUAUGCAGAGCUACAAGCAUGCCUUUUGGAGAUCACCUGUGGUACUUAUAUAUGGUAGUAGUUUCUACAAGAGGGACAACUGUAGUGUUUCAACUUUUGCGCUACAAUCUCAGGCUUAACCCCAGAAAAACCUGGUUUCUCCCCCAUCAGAUGCAUGACAUUUAAGAGUCAGGCAGAAAUUCCAUACAAGAUGCAGUUUCAUUAUGUAUGCAUAUCUACUCCUCUUCCACAAUUGUAAUUCCUUUUCCCUGCUGUUCCAAAUUCUACUCGAGUAUUCAUCUCAGCAAGAAGAAUUGACAUCUAAUUCAAUCAACCUGACUAAGAAUUAUAUCUCUUCA